GUGUUGGUUGCGGUUGGACACAUAUUUUAUAUGGAGUUUCAUAGGCCCUGCCACGCUCAUAAUAAUGCUGAACGUCAUCUUCCUGGGUAUCGCCCUCUAUAAGAUGUUCCACCAUACAGCUAUCCUCAAACCAGACUCUGGGUGCCUGGACAACAUCAAAUCGUGGGUGAUUGGUGCCAUAGCUCUCCUCUGUCUGUUGGGUCUGACCUGGGCGUUUGGUCUGAUGUAUAUCAAUGAGAGCACAGUGAUCAUGGCCUACCUGUUCACCAUCUUCAACUCCCUACAGGGCAUGUUCAUAUUCAUCUUCCACUGUAUACUGCAGAAGAAGGUGCGUAAGGAGUAUGGGAAGUGUUUGCGUUCCCAUUGCUGUAGUGGUAAGAGUGUAGAGACCUCCAUCUCGUCCUCUGGAAAGAACCACACCACGUCUCGAACCCCAGGACGAUACUCCACGGGGUCGCAGGUCAUCUUGCCUGCCUGUACACCUGGACGCUACUCCACAGAAGACUCCCAGAGUCGUAUCAGGAGGAUGUGGAACGAUACAGUGAGGAAACAGGAGUCAUCCUUUAUGACAGGAGACAUCAACAGCUCAGCCACACUCAACAGAGGAGCGAUGGCUAAUCAUCUGUUAACUAAUACUCUCCUUCAUCCCCAUGGUUCUAACCAUCCUUAUAACUCUCUGCUGGGGGACACCAACCACCAAGCAGUCUGUAACAACCCCAACGUGGCUGGCAUGUACAACACACAAGCCCCCUACAGAGACACAAAGGGAAUCCUAAACAACGCGCGAGACACCGGCGUCAUGGAUACGCUCCCUCUCAACGGUAACCACGGCAACAACUACAGCGCGGCGAGCGGCGACUACCUCAGCGACAGCGUCCAGAUUCUGGAACGAGGCGGCGUCGGCGGUUACAGUACCUACGGCAACCACAAGGAGACGACGACGACGUUAGAAAAGCAGAUCCUUAAAGAGUUAACGUCCAACUACGCCCCUUCUUACUUGAACAACCACCAACGCUCGGCGACCACCGAACGCAACCACAACCUGAUGAAUAAGAUGGUCAACAUCGGCAAUGGCACCGGCAACGCGGGCGGCCUGGUCGGUAACGGCAGUAACGGAAUCGGAAUUGGUGGCGUAGUCGGCGGCGGGAGUAACCGUGACUACGACUUGAGUAACGACGGCGUCGACGUUAGUCACAUGGUGCUGGAUAACCCCAAUGCUGCUUUCCCAUUGGAUGAGAAUUUGGGAUUGGAGAUUAUAAGGGAGGAGUCGAACGCCCCCCUCCUCCCGCCCCGCCCUCUGCCUCCCCCGGACAGCCUCCCCCACGCUCACCCUCCUCCUCCGCCCCCCCAUAACUUCUCCCGCCCCCGUCGCAUCCCCCAGCAGGAGACCAGCGACAGCUUCUUCCCCCUCCUGACCAACGAGCAGACGGACGAGACGCCGCAGUCGCCCAAUCACAGAAACUCUCUAUACACCUCCAUGCCUGUGUUAACGGAUUUACCGGACGGCAACGGUAGUCAGGGGCAGAUGAACGGGUUAGCGGACGGCGAGAUGGACGACAGCGGGGAGAUUCAGGCCGGUACCAGCAGCGCCGGGAGCGGACCGGGGCCGGAGGCGGAUGAUGUUUACUAUAAGAGCAUGCCAAACCUGGGGUCCAGGAACCACCUCCACCAGCUCCACCAUUACUACCAGAUGGGGCGGGGGGGCAGCGACGGCUACAUGGUACCUGUCAACAAGGAGGAUUCUGAUUCGUCGCCCGAGGAGCCCCUGACCCCCGUUGACCCCUCCCAACUGGUCACGAGCCUAUAGACCAAUGAGAAGACUCUAAACCCCUUAUUUUCCGGGUCCCACCUUCUUUUUAGUCCCGCCUCCCAGAAUAGUUAUACGUUGAUGAUUGAUUGACAGUUGGCGCUGACCAAUGAAGGCCUGGUUGAACGCACUCGCUUCCUGAUUCUUUCCUGUGCUUAGUGACAAUAGGGAUGAUACUGAGCUAUCAUUGGCCGGAAGGGAGAUGAGAGAGGGAUUCGAUUGGAUAGAGAUGGAUUGUAAUUUAAACCAGAACGAACUAAACUGGGUGGCUCGAAACCGAGGAGGUUUUUUUUGUGUGAAUAUUCUUCAGGAAUGGAAAUAUGAAGUAGUUCCUGAAGGAGGGGAGGAUCUGUCAGGCCACCUGUCUUGAUAGACGUUCCCUGGGUCGUAGCCCAGACACAUCCUACCAUGGACCUGUAGCAGAUCCUAACUGAGUCUUUUUUUCACUGUCAAAACCCAUCAGACUGCUCUUCCAAGCCCUGGACACUGGUCGAAAGUAUCUAGCCAAUCGCCAGGCUUCUCCUUGUUCUUCUACUACCCGACCUGCCAAUAGAGUAGAGUAUGUAUGAUAAAAAAGCCCCGCCCCCUCACGUAACUAUUUUAUUAAGACGACAUGUUGUUGUAAACACUGUAACCAUGGCUACAGAUGACAGGGUAGUUCGAGGAGCUCCUAUGUGUUUUUACAACCGUCUCUUCCGCCUGUCUGAUGAACUGAACUGAACCGGAGGGUGGAAAGUUACAUUCAUCCUGUUCCUGCAAGGUCUACGAGACUCAACUGAACUUUACUGUUCGAUGUUGCAGAGGUUCCCUAAGUAUGAACUAGACAAAGAUGAAGGAUUAGAAAUGGACUGAAACAGAUGCAAACAGCAUUCUCCCCUCCAGGGUGGGGGGGGGGGGA